AUGUUACAAAAGGGUUUAUUUGCAAAUGUUAGUCGCGAGCUUAAGGGUCGAGACACAAACUACCAUCAGUUUUAUUUGUCCAACAAACACGUGGUCGAAAUACCGGCCGCAGUGUUCGGCGACUUACAUUUCAACGUUAUUACUGUGGAAAAUGCGGUUAAUUUACAGCGAAUACAUUCCCAGGCAUUCCGGGGCACAGAGGGAACCGUCGAAACCUUUAGCGUUAUCAACAGUCCCGUCGCGGGUAGCGUUGCCAACACUGCCGACUUGUUCGCUGCGAUAAAUUCCCUGAAAGUCCUGCAAUACGUCAACAUUUAUAACACUAGUCUCAGGAAUAUUCCGGAGAAUGCGUUCAAUUCGUUACAACAUUUGCAUAGAAUUCGCGUCGAAUACGGAAUUGUUGAGGAAAUUUCCGGGAACUCCUUCCGCAAUCUUCCCGCCCUAAAGACGCUAAGUUUGGCCCGAAAUAAUUUGACCCACAUUUCUGACCACGCCCUAUACGACCCGUCCCUAACAUCGGGGGCCUUGAGUGGGCUCAAUGUGGCCACAAUUAUUGACGCCGAGGGCAAUGGGUUUAAACAUCUCGAUGAGUCAGUAUUCGGCCCGUUUUUACGCCACCCAAACAAUACGCAAAAUGAUGUAAUUAUAUCGACGCUCGACUGUACCGAUUGCCGCAACGCGUGGCUAACCCGCGGCGGGAGUCCCGCCGGUCGGCUAUUUUCCGCCGAAUUGCCCAACUCUUACUCACAGUUCAUCUCAAUCUCACGACAAGUAUUGGUCACAAAAACUCUAUAUCUCAAGACUCGAGUCAAUCAUCCCUUCAUUGGAUUAGAGGAGGCAGUGGUGGCCAAAGAGGGCGUGGCUUCGGCCCGCGUGGCGGAAGCGGUGGUAGUAGUGAUGGGCGCGGAGGUGGACGUGGAGGCCGUGGCGGCGCCGGACGCGGUGAAGGUGGACGUGGAGGCCCCGGACGCGAUGGUGGCGGUGAUCGGCACCAAUCAUACGAGUCGAGAGGUGGUCGCGGCGGUGGUGGCGGCCGUGGAUACAGUGGCGGCGGUGGUGGUGGUGGUCAACGGGGCAGAGGUGGUGGCGAUGGUAGCGUCGGCACCGCGCGGUACCGCAGGCAGAGCUAUACAGUUAAUCGUCAACCACUACCGGAUCACCGGUUGGGAGAAGAUGUCGUGCUAUCUGUACGACAUAGACAUACGACUGCCCCGACGCGACGGCCACGGCUUUGUUCAGAUGAGUGCCGGCCCCACCGGUGCGGCCGGUGGUCAGCCCGCGCGCCGACUCCGCAACGAGCGGAGGGCCGACAACACACGAGUUGUGGCGAAAAUGGCCGACGAGUGGCCCCAAGCGUUCGCCGACCGUCUGUACGCUUUCGACGGCCAGAAAUAUCUAUACGCCGGACAAGAGUUGCCGGCGGUGUCCGCGACGCCCACCACUCGGCCCGUUGUCAUACAAUUGGACGGUUUCGCUGAACAGACAUUUGAGGUGAGGAUUCAAUACGUCAAACGAGUAUUGAUGGCACCAUUGGUCGACUACUUCGGGGGCCGUAAUCUGCGCCCAAAUCCCGAGGACUUUCGCGAAGCCCUACAGGCGUUGGAAGUGGUGUUGCGAUAUAUGCCGGCGCAGAGUCUGGUCCCGAUCUAUAGGAAUUUGUACGCCAUCGACGGUCGGGAACCGGUGACCCGUGGCUUUCGGCCGCCCGUCCCGACCAACGCUGAGAUCGCUUUUGGUCACUACCAGUCCGUUCACGUGACCCAAACGGGAAUCACUUUAAACGUUGACCGCACGGCCACUCUGUUGGUCAUCGGCGGUCCACUGAUCACAUUCAUUGAACGGGAGCUCAAUAUAACGAACCUUCGCGGCUAUCGGUUCACCGAUGAUGAUAGACAACGACUUAAUCCAAAGAUUAAAGGCCUUAAGAUAUAUACGGAUCACAUACCGAACCAAAAGCGCCGCUUCUUUAUUGACUCAAUGGUCGUCCAAAGAGUACACGAAUACCGGUUCGACGAAACCGAUGGCCAAUCCGUUACAGUGAAGGAGUACUUCCGGUCGAAGUACCCGAACACAGGAGAGCUGUUGCAAAACGUGGGCCUCAUUAAGACGCGGAACAGCAAAUACCUGCCGGUAGACGUGUGUGUCGUAUACUCCGACCAACCGGUGCCGCGCCGUAUAGUCGAGAGGACACCUGAGAUGACACAACAGAUAGUGAAGAGCGCCAACAGUCAGCAGCCGAGCACUCGCUUCGGUCUAAUACAGCAGUCGGCCCAAGAGGUGGAAGCUGUGGGACGCGCUCUGAUGACCAGUUUUGGCGUUCAUUUAGAGGUAAAGCCUAUUAAACUGACCGGACGUCAACUGCCGGCGCCCCGACUGGAGGGCAGUCAACGGCAGUUGAAAAGUUGUCGCCCAUUGACUCGGUAUGCGUUCAUCAACUACUCAGUGGACGGACCGUUGAGUACAAUGAAGACACUGCAAGAGUGUUUCAAUCGGUUCUUUGCCGAACUGGUCGCUAAAGCCCAGGAAAUGGGCAUCAAUAUGGCCGACGGACCGGUGGCUAAAGCGUCGCACAGACCCACCGACGAAGUGGUGGCCGCAGACAUCGCGAAGUUCAAGGAUCUGGACAUGAUAUUCAUCUGCAUUCCGUGGUCACCCGUAUAUAAGACAAUCAAACACUUGGCCGAUGUGGUGCACGGCGUGCCCACACAGUGCAUAAAGGAUGAGCACUUCUUGAGCCCACCGCGCGGUUACUUCGGUAACCUAUUGCUCAAAGUGAACGCCAAGAAUGACGGCCAGAAUCAGGUGUUGGCCCCGCCGUGUCGGCCGUCCGCUACGCUCAAAAAGCGGGCCGUAAUGGUUGUGGGCGUCGAUGUCAUACAUCCGGGAACCGGUGGCGCGGGUGACGGACCCGUGUUCUCGUCCAUCGCCGCCUCAGUGGCCACUUUUGACGCCGAGUUUAGUAAAUAUCACGCGGCAGUGGAGGGACAGCCGCUGAACACCGAAAUCAUCGCGACGUAUGACCGGAUGUUUGCCCGACACCUUAAGACAUACAAACAAAAGAAUAACGCUUUGCCGGAGAGUGUUAUACUGUUCCGCGACGGUGUGUCCGACGGACAGUUGGAUCAGGUGUUGGCCGAAGAGAUACGGCUGAUUGAGAGGGCGUUUGAUUCGAUUGCGAAGGGUUUCCGGUUUAAGUUAACGGUGUUUGUGGUGCAGAAGAGACAUCACACGCGGCUCAUGCCAUUGGAGCCAACCUUUGAUGCCAAGGGCAAUGAGUUACGCAAUAUACCCGCGGGAACUGUUGUGGACCACACCAUUACGCACCCCCUGCGCAACGAGUUUCAUCUGUGUUCGCACACCGGCCGACUCGGAACGUCACGUCACGCCAAGUAUAUCUGUAUACGCGAUGAUCACAAACUGACUCGAGAUGAGUUGCAACAGAUCUCGUAUAACAUAUGUCACACGUACUGCCGGUGCGCGACAUCCAUCUCGAUACCGGUGCCCGUGGCUUAUGCCGACCUACUGUGCACUCGGGCCAAGAUUGUGAUCGAGGCCCAGAACCUGCCGUUCCAGCCGAGGGUUAGGGGCGAGUCGGCCGAUGAGAAGCGGGUCCGCGAGGCGGCCAAUGUCCAGCUGCUCAACGCUAAUGUCGAGGCGCACAUGAAGUUGAUUUUGCGCCCAUAUUAUGCUUAAAACCCAAAUGCUUUUUGUCCGUGUUUUUAAUCUCAAUUCAAUUAUUUAGUUUUUUUGUUUUGUUUUGUUUUUUCCCCCGAAUUGAGUCUAAUUUUUAUUACCCGUGACUUUGUUUUCAAUCCUUAAUU